UGUUUACUUGUGACAGCUGCAGUUGUAAUUUUUUAAACACAACUUUUUGUUGAUAGGUGCAUUAUUCUCUUUUAAAUUACAAACGAAAACCUGCGAGUGAUUUUUAAUCAUUUUUUUUUACAAUUCACUGUCACAACUACAACUUUAACUAUGACCAGUAUAAUGGUACUUUUUGCGCUCAUCUUGGCUGCUUGCCAUGGCACAUCCACGGCUGAGAUGCCUGCAUUCAAAACUAUUUUCAAAUUCUUUGGCGGUGGCAACGGCGCCGAAUACGUCAUCAAUGGCACCCGCUCAAGAGAUAUCUCGCAGAUGACAGCCGAGGAGUUGGGUAUUUCACGCGGACAAUGCCACUACGAUUUUCUAUCGUACAUAACUUACAGUGACCGCAUACAUUGCGUACCUGAUGAUCGCUAUAUAUUACAUCUCUUGCCAUCUAACGGUGGUGAGGGCAUACGCAAGCCACCGAUAAUGGUGCGUUGCAUGCAGCCAGAGCGGCCGGAGAACGCUACACGCAACGAUAAUACGCUACUCAUAAUGCAAAGCGUUAAAGAUAUAGUUGCACUGCUGAAGCCAGUGGGUAAUGCAACUAAACGUCACGAGCAUGGCAGUUGUGUCAUUGUGCUCUUCUAUACCGAGUCGAGCCUCGGCUGCGCACAUGUUGCACCCUAUGCCAAUAUGUUGCCCGCACUAUUUCCCACACUACGUUUUGCUGCUAUUGAUGCAUUCAAAUUUCCCAGCUUUAAUACGGAAUUCGGCAUUGUCGGACUGCCAACACUAUUGCUAUUCCAUCAGGGUCGACCGAUUGUAAAGUUCUACAGUGAUGUGGGCACUUUUCAUGCAUUCGUUACGCGGCAUACGGGCAUCAAGCAUGUUGAGCCAAUGCCCAAAGAGUCUGAAUUCACUGGACCAUUACCAGUGCUGCCAGUACCGGAAGUCGACUAUGUGCUCAUACUUGCUUGGACUUUCAUCUUGGUGUGCUUGGGCAAUUACUUCGCCAAAUCCCAUUUGUGCAAACAAAUUGUUGAGAUGAUUAAAAGAAAUUGGCGUGAAUCAGAGGCACGUAUGGAACGAAAUUAAAACAGGACAUGAUAGGUUAAGUUUUAAAUUAUCGAUUCUCACUAUUAUUAAUUGCAAAAUAAUUUAAUUAAUAAACCAAAAAAAAA